AUGACGAGUAUAACUGUUGAACAAGAGGCUUUUGAAAUGCCAUCGGAUAAUAAAAAAGUAAUGCUUAAAAUCGACGAUGUACAUUUGCAUUCUUGUGGAGUAUUCAGCAAUGUUUAUAGGUAAGGUUGGCAGAAUUUUCACGAGAAAGAGGAUUUUCAUAAGAAAACACAGUACUCCACGUGUUUUGAUUUGUUUCAGAGGAAAUCUACGUGAGCCAUGCGAAAAGAAAAUAGCUAUCAAAAAAACGUGGCCUGAAAAAGGCGAACGCAACUUCGAAUUCAUAUUUUUGACAGGAAGAGAACGUGUCAAACACAAAAAUAUCAUUCAAAUGAAUUAUGCAUUCAGUCACAGUUAUGGAAAUAAGAUUUGCGAAUCAUAUGUAUUUGAUUAUAUGCCAUAUACUUUAGCUGAUGUUAUCAAAUUUCCAUUGAAUGAUUUUGAUAUUCGUUUGUAUUCUUGGCAAAUAUUUGCAGGUUUGAAAUAUCUCGAAGAACAUUGUGUUGUACAUCGAGAUUUAAAACCUGUUAAUAUUCUUGUUGAUCAUGAUGAUGGAAAUUUGAAAAUUAGUGAUUUUGGAUCAUCAAAAGCGCUUGUUCGAAAUAAAACGAAUAAUCAUUAUCAAGUGACACGUUUUUAUCGUCCACCUGAACUUCUUCUCAAAGCAACUGAUUAUGAUUGGACUGUUGAUAUUUGGUCGGCUGGAUGUUGUAUCGCUGAAAUGAUUCGAAAACAUGUUGUAUUUCCUGGAAGAGAUUCAGCACAUCAAAUGAAAUUGUAUUGUAGAUGUUUUGGAGCACCAAGUGAUUCAGAAAUAAGAGCAAUGAAAGCAGAAGAUACGCUUGAAAUUGAUGCCACAAAAUAUUUGAAAGGUUAUGGAUUGAAGAAAAUAUUGCCAGCAAUCACAUCGGAACAAUUGGCAUUUUUGAAUCGUGUUAUGGUUUAUUCGCCUGGAAAAAGAUUGAGAGGUCCAGAAUUGUUGAAGGAUGAUUUUUUCAAGCCAUUGUUCAAGUUAGUAAGGAAAAUUUCGAAUCUAACGGAUUAUUUUUAUUGAAAUCAUAACCAAAAAAAUAUUUUCAGACCUGGCGCAAUUCGUUCAAAUGAUGUUCCAGUCUCUUCAAUUAUCACACCAUCGGAUUAUAAACAAUCAACAGAACCCGAUAAUUCAACAGCAUCCAAAAGAUUUGCUUUAUUAUCGCUUUCCAAAAAACCAGUCAAUACUCAAGGAAUUCCAAUUUGCGAGAAAAGUAAUUCAUUCGAAAAUAUUCCACAUCGUCGAUCAACUUUGGUUCCAAAAGAACAGAAAAUGGCGAAAGAACAAAAAUCGAAAGAGGAUUUGUCGAAAGAAGAAGCGAGAAAAAGGUUUGGGAAGUAA